CAUGCGCUACUCUGACGUCAACUUCUUUGGAAUGGUAAAUACCGACGUCUCCUUCACCAUGGCAAAUCUCGAGAACACGUUAGACGUCAAUCUUUUCAAUUCACUGCUCGGGGUACUCUUGGACAGCCUCUCCUCAAACGCGACGUCUGAUCCCUCCGGCCGGCUGUUUGCUACCGCAGAGACAAGGUUCAACGACCGCCAGAAGAUGUAUGGGUUGGUUCAGUGCACAAGGGACCUCUCCGCCUCUGCCUGCACGAAUUGCCUGUCCACAGCCAUGUCUCGGAUCCCGAGUUGCUGCGACCGCAGGCGGGGUGGCCGGGUUGUCACGGCGAGCUGCAACGUGAGGUACGAGUUGUACAAUUUCUUCUACGGCCUGGUGGGGCCUCAGCCUUCUCUUGAAGCUGUAGGGGUUUCAGCACCAGCGAGUCCCCCUGCGAGCAUCGCCCUUCCUCCUUCCAAUGCAGCGUAUGGUCCCGGCAAGUCGAGAACAAGAAGAACGAUGAUCAUCGUCUCCGUCUUGGUUCCAUCAACAGUACUUUUAUGCCUCCUGACAUUUUUCCUAUUUUCCAAGAAAGCCAAAAGGAAAAGCACCACCCAAGGUUAUGGUGGCGAAGAAAUUGAUAGCAAGAUCUCACUGUUUUUUGACUUGGACAUCAUUAGAGCUGCCACGAACAACUUUUCAGAUGCUAACAAACUUGGGGAGGGAGGGUAUGGUCCUGUUUACAAGGGUCAACUGUCAGACGGACAGCAAAUAGCAGUAAAACGGUUGUCCAGGAACUCGGGGCAAGGCUCAACUGAGUUCAAGAACGAGGUGAAGUUGGUAGCAAAGCUUCAGCACAGGAACUUGGUUCGCCUUCUUGGUUGCUGCUUUGAAGGGGAAGAAAAGAUACUCAUCUACGAAUACGUACCCAAUAGAAGCCUGGACAAGCUAUUAUUUGAUCCAGUUAGAAAAACACAAUUGGACUGGCUGAUCCGGAGCAAAAUAAUAGCUGGCGUAGCGAGAGGACUUCUCUACCUUCAUGAAGAUUCUCGACUUAAAAUCAUCCACAGGGACCUCAAGGCCGGUAACAUACUUCUAGAUCAGGACAUGACUGCUAAGAUUUCAGACUUUGGCAUGGCAAAGCUUGUUGGAGUGGAAGAAACACAAGGCAAGACGAGUAAUGUUGCUGGCACAUAUGGCUACAUGGCACCGGAAUAUGUUAUGCAAGGCCAAUUCUCUGUCAAGUCAGACGUGUUCAGCUUUGGAGUCUUGAUGCUAGAGACUGUUAGUGGCGUGAAGAACUCUUCAUUCCCUCAUUCACAAUAUGGCUCAAGCCUGCUUGACUAUGCGUGGAGGCUGUGGAGGGAAAACAAGGCAACUGAACUAUUAGACGAAUCACUCACUCAUUCAAGCGACGGAAGUGAAGUGGCAAGGUGCAUCCAUAUUGGGUUGCUAUGCGUUCAGGAGGAUGCAACACGAAGGCCAACAAUGUCGUCUAUUGUUCUCAUGCUCAAUAGCAGCUCUUUGACCCUUCCUGCGCCUUCGGCUCCUGCUUUCAUAUUGGGGAGAAGCAGAGUGUACUCAGACACCUCAAUCACUGGCUCAUCUGCAGCAAGAACGGGGUCGGACAAGUCACGGAGUGGUUCCGCCCCAAAAUGUGAAAAUGAUAUGACCAUUUCCGAGGGACAUCCGGUGCCGGUGGUGGUAAAGGAAAAGCAGAGGGUGGAGCGGCCGAUGGCGCCCGCUGAGCAGCUGGUGGUGGAGAUUGAGGACUCAGUGGUUGAGACGCCUGCGAAGGUGCCGGCGACGUCGCCGUUGGGAAAAGGAAUGGACAAGUUUCAUACCGCAAGCUUCAGCUUCCAAACACUUGCGGCAGUUGCUCAGGGAGAGGCGCAACACAAGAUGUUCAAAACUUUGACCCCUGGAGGAGCAUUAGCAUACCAUCAGGCGUUAGGCAGAACAGAGGGUGGUGGUGGGCCGGUGGCGGUGGCAGAGAAGGAAAAGGAGGAGGAAAUGCAGAUAGUGCGGCUGUCGUUCCCGUGCUUGUGCAAACCCUGCGAAGAAUCACCUCACCUGCUGCCACCCAAUUCGUCUGUUUGGAUCAUGGGGAGGAACAGGGAGGCCAUGGCCAGCCCCCUCCUUCUCUUCUUCAUCUUUUCAUCCUUCUUCCUUGUUAUCAGAGGUCAGGAUUACUACCAAUUCUGCACCGACACUCAGAAUUACACAGCCAAUAGCACAUUUGAUCACAACUUGCAGCGGUUGUUGAACUCCUCUCUGGUACCCAGUGCUAGCAUCACCGGCUUCUACAACGCUACAGAGGGCAAUGGCGCGGAUAAAGUCUACGGACUGGUUCAAUGCCGUGGCGACGCCGAACGUGAAGUUUGCCGGCAGUGCGCUUCCGACGCUGCCUCACAGAUCGUUCAGCAAUGCCCUAACAAGAGGGAGGCUUUCAUUUUCCUUCAAUUCUGCCUCUUGGCCUACUCCGGCGCCGAUUUCUUCGGAACGCCGUCCAACAACUUCAUAGUCGUUUCGAGCACUCUGAACGUCGAAGAACCCGAUGUUUUCAGGCCGUUGCUCCAGGGCUUCUUCAGGAAUCUCACCGAUUCAGCCAUCGCCAGCCAAAAGCAGCCCCUGUAUGGGAACGGCAAUUUCUCAUACACCAACGGCAACUUGACCAUCUUCGGUGCCUUGCAGUGCACUCGGGACUUGUCGCCGGCGAGCUGUAACUCCUGCUUGGCUGAUGCCACCGACCGGAUUGUCAAGUGCUGUGCCGAUAGACAGGGCGGUAGAGUCGUGGGGAGGUCUUGCAACUUGAGAUUCGAGACGUACCCCAUCUUCCAUCUUUCGCCGCAGGCCGCCCUUAGCGGCGCCGAGCCCAUCUCAAGGAAGUGCUCUGCUGUGGCCGGCACCACCUUCCAGAAGAAUCUGGAGGCUUUGCUCUUCUACCUGGUGGAGUACACGCCUCAGAAAAUCGGCUUUUACUUUGGAACGGCCGGCCAAUCUGCCGAUCGAGUCUAUGGGCAGGCACUCUGCCGAGGGGACGUCCCCCUCGCCGACUGCUGGAACUGCACGUCCCACGCAUCCGCCAAAAUCCUUGAGCUCUGCCCUAGCAGUAAAAGCGCGGUCAUAUGGUUCGACUACUGCCAAUUGCGGUAUUCCGACUUCAAUUUCACCGGUACCAUUGAUACCGAUGACAGAGAUUACAGGCCGGAGCAUCAAAACGGAGCAUCGACCCAUAAAUCUUUUGAUGAGAAAGUAAGAACUCUCAUCAACAAUUUAUCCGACUACGCGACGGCGGACGAGUCAAGGCGCAUGUUUGCCACGGGAACUAUUCCGACUCCUGACUCGCAGAAGAUAUACGGGUUGGUGCAGUGUGCGAGGGACAUCACCGGCCUUAACUGCCGGAACUGCCUGCAGAAUGCUUCCUCCGAUAUCAAAAGCAGGGAGGGGGGCGCUCUUAUCCUCACCGGAAGCUGCAGGCUGCAGUACGGAAUGGAUAAGUUUUUCUCCGGUGAUCCGCAGCUGGUAAUGUCCGGUCGCGAGAGCAAUCAGAAGCGGUUGCUGAAGAUUGUCACCAUCGUCAGUGCCACUGGUGGCGCCCUCAUCAUCCUCAUUUUUCUUCUCCUCAUACUUCGUAUAAGGAAGAGGUACCUAGCAAGGCUGAGAUACAAUCAAGAGAUUUCGCUUCUUUACAUGGGAAAUCCAAGCAGCCAUGAAUCUGGAGACCAGGAAUUAGCACAGAUCAGUUUGAAGGUUCUACGAGAUGCGACUGCCAACUUCUGUGAUGCGAAUAAGCUGGGUCAAGGUGGAUAUGGCCAUGUCUACAAGGGAAGGCUUCCCAACGGGCAGCUGAUAGCAGUGAAACGUCUUUCGGAGGAAUCGGGACAGGGAAUAAAUGAGUUCAAGAAUGAGGCCAAUUUGAUAGCAAAGCUUCAGCAUAAAAACCUGGUUAAACUGUUAGGUUGCUGCAUGAACAAGGGAGAAAAGCUGCUCAUAUAUGAAUAUAUGCCUAACAAAAGCCUUGAUGCCUUCCUUAGAGAUCCGGCGAAACGUAGUUCAUUAAGUUGGCAGGUGCGGUUUAACAUUAUUACGGGGGUAGCGAGGGGGCUUCUCUAUCUUCAUCAAGAUUCUCGACUCAACAUCAUUCAUAGAGAUCUCAAAGCAGGCAACGUCUUGUUGGAUGAGCGCAUGAAUCCCAAGAUCUCCGACUUUGGCAUGGCCAGGAUUUUCAGUGGAAAUCAAAGUCAAGCAAACACGCGCACGAUUGUUGGAACUUAUGGAUAUAUGGCACCCGAGUAUGCCAUGGACGGCUUGUUCUCCAUCAAAUCUGACGUCUAUAGCUUCGGGAUUUUACUUUUGGAGAUCAUCAGCGGCCAACUGAACAGCGGAUUUCAUCUUUCCCAACAGUCUCACAGCCUCGUUGGCCAUGCGUGGAGCUUGUGGUGUCUGGGUCAGCCAUUGGACUUCAUCGACCCGAUGCUUGGAGGUUCGGUCCACACAGAAGACAUUCUGAGGUGCAUUCACGUUGCUCUCCUAUGCCUACAAGACGAUUCUUCGAGCAGGCCAACAAUGUCAACGGUUUUCCACAUGCUUGGAAAUGAGUCUCCGCCUCUACAGAAACCCUUGGAGCCAACAUUCUCUACGAAGAAGUCAAUGACUGAUUCGACCACGGGCAGCUUUUUCACUCACAGUGAAGUCAUACCGCGGUAGCUUAGUUCCGCCAUUAAUGGUCGCAACCUCUCUGAAGAUUCAUCAGCUGAACCACAAACUGUCCUUGCCGGAAAUGAAAGUGUCGAUGGACGGGAUGUAAAACUCGUUGUUGUAGAUAUUGAUGUUCUUAAUGUUGUUUUUCACCGUUAAUUAAUUACUUGUUGCUUUUUACGGUGCCUCUUGACGAUGGCAUGCUUGUCUGAACGUCGUUGUUUGAUAUGGAAAUCUAAUUGUUGUUAUUGUCGUUUGCAUUGUCACAA